CUGAAAGGGGAAAAAAAAAUCACUACUCAACAGCCGCUCUCCGAGUCUCCUGAAAGCUGCAACCUCCCCCUCUCGGCGAAUUUGGGGUUUCCGAAGCGCGCGAGGUGAGCCAAAGUUUCGCUCAUGGCUCGUACUAAGCAGACUGCUCGUAAGUCCACUGGAGGAAAGGCUCCAAGGAAGCAGCUAGCCACCAAGGCUGCCCGCAAGUCUGCUCCCACAACUGGAGGAGUGAAGAAGCCUCACCGUUACCGCCCUGGAACUGUUGCUCUUCGUGAGAUCCGCAAGUACCAGAAGAGCACGGAGCUGCUCAUAAGGAAGCUUCCAUUCCAGAGGCUUGUCAGGGAGAUUGCCCAGGACUUCAAGACUGACCUCCGCUUCCAGAGCCAUGCGGUGCUUGCCCUUCAGGAGGCUGCAGAGGCCUACCUGGUGGGUCUCUUCGAGGACACCAACCUGUGCGCCAUCCAUGCCAAGCGUGUGACCAUCAUGCCCAAGGACAUUCAGCUGGCUAGGAGGAUCCGUGGCGAGAGGGCUUAAGCUGCUUUGCCUGUGGGAAUGGCUCUGGUGGGCAUAGCUCCGUGUGUCUGCUUUUGCUGCUGAACACUUAUCAUGUGUCGUGAACUACUAAUAUUAGUCGUCUGUAGUAAUAUGUCAGUACUAUAUUCUGUGUCGUACUAUGUUCUAGAGCUGGAUCAUUUGUUCGUUGGUCGUCCUGAAGCAUCCACAUGGCGGGUUCUUAUCUGAACCUUACAUUUUAUGUUCGAGGAUUAGUGAUUGUGUGAACUGUUAUUA